UUGAUAAAGCCACAAAUGUAGCUGCAUCAAUAAAUGUUCUUAAUAAAGCCACAAAUGUAGCUGCAUCAAUAAGUGUUCUUAAUAAAGCCACAAAUGUAGCUGCAUCAAUAAAUGUUCUUAAUAAAGCCACAAAUGUAGCUGCAUCAAUAAAUGUUCUGAAUAAAGCCACAAAUGUAACUGCAUCAAUAAAUGUUCUGAAUAAAGUAACAAAUGUAGCUGCAUCUAUAGAUGUUCUUAAUAAAGCCACAAACCUAGCUGCAUCAAUAAAUGUUCAAAAUAAAGCCACAAAUGUAGCUGCAUCAAUAAAUGUUCUUAAUAAAGCCACAAAUCUAGCUGCAUCUAUAGAUGUUCUUAACAAAGCCAAAAACCUAG